AUGCGACGAAUAUCACUUUUUCUACUCGUGCUUUUCAUUCAACAAUCGUCUACACAAGCACCACCAGUUGUACCGUUGACGAAUGCAUUUACAGCUGUCUAUUGUCAUAAUUCGAAUGGACCGGGUGUCAUGCAAAUCCGUUGUGGAUUAAAUGAAAAAAUUCGUAUGUUAGAUGCAUUUGACGCAUCAGUUAAAAACGCUUCACGUUUACCAAUACAAUGUUUAAAAGAAAAACAAAUUUCAAAAGAAUCAACUGGUGUCGAUUGUAAAGUUCAUACAAGUUUCACAUCGGCUUGUUCGGGAAGAGAGAAUUGUACCGUACACAUGCAACGUAUACGUUUAAACAGUCCGAAAGAUAAUUGCCAUAAUGAAUUAGUUGAUUAUACGAUGGCAUUUUUUGAAUGUAUAUCAGAUGCAUUUAUCCAUGAUGUAUGCUCGUCACAAGCAAUAACAUCACCUUGGGGAACAUUACAAACACCAAACUUUCCAAAUCCAUACACAUCAAGCGAUGAUUGUUGGUGUAAAUUAUCGACACAGUUACAACAUCGUCUAUUACUUUCUAUUAUUGUCUUUCAGCUAAUACCUUAUGAUCAACAUUGUGCUGGUGCGGGUCUUUAUUUACAAAGCAGUAACGAACAAAGAAGUACACAAUGUACUUAUUUACAACAAGGACAUAACUAUCUAAGUGAUUCCAAUUCGUUGUAUAUCAAUUUCUAUAGUCGAACACCGACUGUACGUGGAGGAUUUUGGAUUAUCUACGAAGCAAGUCAUCCUGCUGCCGAAGUUCAUCUACACUGUGGAGCACGUGAUAAGAUUGGUGUACCAACCUUAUCAUCGGUAUCACUUCCACCACCUUCAAUAUCUACAUCAUCCGAUCAUGGCUGGAGUCGUUUAGCCUUCAACAAUCCGCCCAAUCCAACAAUGUCGCUCAAUGAUCAUAUGACGCAUAUACGUAUGACAACAGCGACGCCUCAUUCAUCUUCCAUUGAUACAAAUUUCAAAGCAAAUACAUCAACAAUAGCAAGUGCUUUUACGUAUCCACAUGGUGCCUUGGUGACAUAUAAUGUAGCUUAUGGCCCUGAUGGUUGGCUUGUGAAAAAUCGUUUGAAAACAUCAUUCAAGCCAGUAACAUAUAUAAUACGAACAACUACUCAUCGAUUACCCAUUGUUAAAUGGAAUUUUACAUGGCACCAUACUCAAUCGUCAACAACAACCAGCACUUUGAGAACGACAAAACGAACAACAACAACAACAACAACUAUUGCUACUACAACCACGACGAGGACAACGACGACUACCACUAGAAAAUCAACGACUACGACAUCAACUCUUGUUACAACUCGAACUGCAACACCUCAUCGACGAUUAUUAUUUACAAACAAGCCAUGGAUAUAUUACAGUUUUAGUAAUUCUCAUUCUUCGACAAGAACACUAAAAAUGGCAGGAACAGUCAAUUCGACUAUUACUAUUACACCGAUAACAAUAACUACUACAUCAGCAAUAUUCUCUCCAAUAAAAACAACUUUACCAACACCUACCCCUUGGUAUUCACCUGCUGGCCCUUAUGAUUGGUGGCAAUGGCAAUGGUAUACAACAAAACCACGAAAGCCAUUUAUCAAGGUCGAUUCAAAGGCACAGUACACGACGACGACGACGACGUCGGCGCAAACAACGAGCACAACACAACGAACAACUACGACAAGUUCAACUGCUACCGCAACAACGACAAUUCUUAGUAGUACCACAGUACAAAAUACAAUACGAUUAAUAAACAAAACAAUACCGACAAGUACUACGCAAAAAUCAGCUAUUUUUUGGUUCAAGUCGUCAACUAAGAAAGCUGAUAUUUUUGAUGAUAGCUAUGAUGAUUUGGAUAUACUUAAACAAACAUCCGACCUUGAGACUUUAGUGAAGACCAACCCGAUAAUAUAUACAUCAACUGAAAAACCGAUGAUUUCAAUGACAACAAAGUCGAAUUGGAAAGUGAUCACUGUUAACACACCUCCCGCCAAACGUUAUCAUCAACAGCAAUAUCCAGUUGUCAGUGAACGUAAUGCUGUCAGUGUCCAAGCAGACGGACAAAUGACAUCUUUUAAUGCGCAUAAUAUGAUCCGACGUGUUAUUGAACAGAGAAAUAAGAAGAAUGCAAUGGAAUACGGAUGGUUAAGUAAAACAGAUAUGACUAUUGUGGCUGUAUCAAUCCUAUUUGUUAUUCUUCUCGCAAUUAUUAAUUUAAUUCUCUUUGCUGUUCGAAGACAUCGUCAUCGAGCACACGGACAACAUUUACUCAGUGCAUCAAUUCCGUCCUUAUUAGACGAUCGACGUCUCGGAGGUAAUGGUCAUUUACAUGGACCGAUAUUUGGUGACUCGACCAAUAGUCUGAUGCCACCAGGUAAUAAUAAUAACAAUGAUAUUUUACCAGCUGUUGGUGAAAUUGUUAUAUGGGACGAGAAAGAUCAAGGUGGGUACAUGAUCGAUAAUAAUGGCGCAUGGGCAAAAAUUGAAGGACGUCAAUGGUUCGGUAGUAAUCUAUUUAAAAGUUGUACAAAGACUUCACUUUCGAAAAGUUUCCGUUCCCGUUUUCGAUUGAUUCGCCAUUGGGAUAAAAAGAAUCCUCAAAAUCCACAUCAACCACCGAUGACGCCGAAAACUCAUCCAACACCGCAACAAGCAUUCAAGUUCCCAUUGCUUAUGGACACUGCCACUCUCUCACCAGUCCCUGAAGCCGACGAUUACGAUUCCUCAGAUUUGAGUUUAUCCGACGUAGUUAUUCGAAGUUCAGCUACCACGUUGAAUAAUUCCAAUAAAUGCCAUCAAAAGCAACCGUUGAUGAAAUCUGAACGAAAAUAUGAUCUAUCACCACAAAAUCAACAACAAACAACAAAAACUAUUCAAGCUUUAAUUCAUUCAGAUCAACAACUAAGCGAUGACUACUAUAAACGAAUUGCUACGAGUGUAGAAGAUUCAAAUUAUACAGCAAUGUCCGACAAUAUGCCGCGAGAACCGUCGAUCAUUGAUCAAGAAACAGAUCGAAGUUUGGGAAAUAGAAUUACUGCAGGAGAGCAUAUGAUUGUCAGCGUACCAACUAUGUUACGACCAGAUGAUGAUGCUGGCACGAAUACUGAUGGUGGAGAUUCUAUUUAUAAUCCACAUUAUUCAGUUCAAUCGAUUGUCGAAUAUCCCUAUCCAAAUUAUCUUCAACCAAGUAAUCGCACAGGACCAUUCCUUACUCAACCAUCAAUUAGUACGUUCAAACCAACUACGAAUAAUCCUGUUAUCAUCGGUAUAUGUCAAACAGAAUUUCAAGCUCUUGAUCCCGCUCUCCUGUUUAAAACAACAACUGAUCAUCAACAGUUCUAUCGUAGUUCCCAAUCUGUACCAAUUUCAACGUAUGACUCAGGUUUUGUUGAUGAACAAACUGUUGGAAGUUUUUCUAUCGCACAUGGUCAUGAUCGAUCGCGAAAUGAUCUACCAAACGAACAAAAAGAUCGACAUAUAAGUAUGGAUGAUAUCCUAUUGACUAAAAGUGAACAGGAUGAUGACGAUGAUAACUUACCUAUAAAUCAUUCUGCACCAAUUGAACUCAACAAAUCAAACAAACAAAAAUGGAGACAAGCGUCAAAACGCGUUUCAUUUCAAGAAGAACACGUUACUCAACGUUUUUCACCUCCAUUACCAUCAUCAUCAUUCGACACCGCAACCAAUCCUGAAACAUCAUCAGAUCCUUUCGACACAUAUGAUGUUUCCACAAAUGCACCUCAGCCAAUACCUCCCGCUCCCCCACUACUGAAAACGUUCGUCGCUCCGUCCACAGCAACUAGUUUCACUGAUAAUUCUCCCACAACAAGUAGCAUAUUUACUACACAAAAACAAACGACAUCGAUUGAUAAUGAAGAUACUGCACAAAAUGUGAUUAUGAAUCAUUUACAUUCUGUUAAAUCAUUAAAAAAAUUCUUUGAAACCAAAAUGGUCGGACAACACGCAGCUUCAGCUGCUCAGCUAAUAUCAAUAACUACGAAUGAUAAUCAGAGAACCGAUCGAAUACCAACGAUGACUAAAGAACAAAAACCAGUUGAUGAAUUAGAGCAACGACAAGAAAUGAUGAAUAAAGUAUUGGAAAGCUUGAAAAAGAAGAAAGUUUACACAAGAGGACUGAAUGAUACUCCGGAAUCCACGAGUCGCUAUGCGGCAUUGACAACUUCCUCUUACGAUUCGAAUCUCGCUCAAAAUCUACCUGUACAACGUCAUUAUUCUCGUCGUUUUCGUUCAUCUUCUACAAGUAACAAUUCUCUUCAUCCUGGUGGUAACAUUAUAACUCACAUUCAAUCCGGCAAUUCUCAUUAUAACAAACGUGCUUACUCUCAAGACCGUCAACAAUAUCAGACAGCCGAUCAUCUGAACAAUGUCGACAAAUGGAAACAAGAGCAUCAACGACAAGUUGAAUCUGACGAUGACGAUAAUAUGUCGGAGAAUUCGAUGUUAUGGCAAGCACGUACGAAACUCAAUGAAUUCGUUACACGGACACGAAGAAAUCAACAACAAUCACCCUAUUACACAACAUGUACAAAUGGCGGUACGCCGACGGAAGAUUUAUAUACAUAUGAUGAUGAAAGUGUUACAGCAGAAACACGUUUUUAG